AUCCUUUGCUUUUCUUCUGGAUGAGUCUGUGGAGUUAACCAUUUCAUUCUCAUCAAAACCCUAACUAGGUUUUACUGAAUUGGGGUUUUACGUUAUGACAACAACAACUUCUUCUUCUUCUUCUGGUACUAAUUGUCUUCAUCUCAAGCUCUUCAGAACCAAAUCUCUCAGAAUUCCAAGUGGUCGAAUUGAAGGCAGUCUCCAGUUUUGUCACUCUGGAACUUACUUAUCCACAGUCAACAAUGCAUCACGCUCUCUGCGAAUGCAUUCUUUGUUAUUAAACAGAUCCUUGUCGUCUAAAUUCAAUAAAAGGUUUCUUGUUUAUUGUGCGGACAACUAUUCUAAUGUUGAGGCACCACCUGAACACUCCUCACACCGUGCGCCGAUACCUGAUGGUGGAGCAGAUGAAGGCAAUUCGGUUGAUACUUCUGUUAUUACUGAAGUCUUGAAACCCAGACCUAAAAUGUUUAAGAAUAGAUUCUUGAAUUUUGUUCGGUUGGGUUCUGUUGUUAAUAAUGCUGCUGAAUCAUUUUUCAAAAGUGAAAUACGGCGGAGGUUGUUUGUGACGGCUGUUCUAAUUGUUAUGAGUCGCAUUGGUUAUUUUAUCCCGUUGCCUGGUUUUGAUAGGCGGUUGAUACCUGAAAACUAUCUUAGUUUUGUCUCUGGAUCUGUUGAUGAACUUGGAGAUUUGACGGCAGAACUUAAGCUGUCACUUUUCCAGCUUGGAAUCAGCCCUCAGAUAGGAGCAUCUAUUCUUAUGCAGGUACUAUGUCACCUUGUUCCUUCGCUUGUAAAGCUGCGGAAAGAAGGAUUAGAUGGUCAUGAGAAGAUAAAGAGUUAUAUAUGGUGGAUUUCACUUGGAUUCGCUAUAGUGGAGGCAGUUAUCCUUGCUUGUUAUUCACUUCCAUAUUCUAUCUUUGCAGCUACUUACAGAGUUAAGCAUGUGAUGGUGACAACCUUUUUGUUGGUCUGUGGUGCAAUGACCACAACAUGGAUUUGUGAUAAGAUAACAGAUUCUGGAUUCGGUCAAGGGUCGUCUCUUAUCAUUUGUGCGGGCAUAUUGACUGGCUAUACAGAUACACUAUACAAGAUGUUGUCGCAGUUGUCUGGAACUGGUGUGAGGUUAUGGCUCUAUAUUCUGGGUGUGAUGGGUGUUUUUACUGUUGUCACUAUGUGGGCCGUGGUAGUAACAGAGGGUUGCAGGAAGAUCAAGCUGCAAUAUUAUGGGUUUAAACUCGCUUCUGCUGCAAGAGAUGAAUCCCCAAUUACGGAGGUGGAGGCCUAUAUACCAUUCAACAUUAAUCCAUCUGGAAUGCAGCCUGUUCUCACGACUACUUAUCUCUUGGCAUUUCCUAGCAUACUCGCCAGUCUCCUAGGUUCGCCGUUUUGGGGGCGUGUUAAAGAGAUAUUGAACCCUGAGAGUUCGCUUGGUGCUGCACCAUGGGUUUACUAUUCAAUUUAUGCAUUUUUUGUCUUUGUAUUCAACAUCUUUGAUAUUGCCAACUUGCCAAAGGAAAUUGCUGAUUACUUGAACAAAAUGGGUGCUAGAAUACCAAAUAUAAAGCCCGGAAAGGCCACUAUAGAGCAUCUGACGAAGAUUCAAGCAUCAACACGUUUUUGGGGGGGACUACUGUUAAGCAUUCUUGCUACUACAUCAUCUGUGCUUGACCACUAUUUACGGCGCAUGAAUCAGGGAUUCUCUAUAGGGUUCACUUCAAUUCUAAUCAUUGUGGGUUCAAUCAUUGAACUUCGUAGGUCAUAUCAAGCAUACAACGUAAUGCCCACUUUGAGUAAAGCUCUACAGCGUUAUGGUGUCUAAGAUGCGUGCUCUUUGUACCCCCGUCAAACCUUUCUCCUGUUGGCAAUCACCUCUAAAGCUGCAGUGUUCUGUGACACUUCCUGUAACUAUUAUUGAUCUACUGCUAAUGACAUCUUGAGCGACACAUAGUCGCCAGCAACCUUGAAUCCUGCACCAAUCAAACCCGCAGAAAGAUAAACUGUAGCAGCUGCAGCCACAUUGAACCCUGCAGUGACUCCAAGAUGCAUUACUCUCGAGGCCCAGGGUUGCAUCUUUUUAUUGGGCAAGAUCUAUCAAUCGACCCAAUUGUAAGUUGUAACUAUCGUAGUAAUUUCUUUUAUCAACUGGUAAAUUCAUUUGUUUUUACCUUUGUAAUCCCUCCAGAUAAAUGGUAAAGGUUGUUGGAUAAAUAUUCCAUGGCAUCCCA